AAAAUGGAAAGCUUAUCUCAACCUGAAGAAAGAUGUGGCAGUAUAUUAGGCCAAGAGAAAUUAAUCCUAGGACAGAGCAAAGAAAUAAAUGAAGGUAUCAGAAAAACGUUCUGAGAUAGACUUUAUUCAAUCCAGGGAGGUUUUAACGACUCUGAUUCUGACAUCGAACUCUUAGAUUUGUUGACCUAUAAAGAGUUUCAUUUUGAGACUGAAAGAGAGCUAAACUUUAUGAAGAAAAUGGACUUUUUCAGGCUCUUUCAUACAAAUGAAUUGUCUUUGAGCUGAAUGAAUCAGAAGAAGUGUAUCCUUAGCUUUAUCAAAUUCUUAUUCCCUUUAAAAGUGAAUAGGUUUUGAUUGAGUAAUGGUUCCUUUCAACUUAAAUCAAUAGCUGUUUAUUUGAACAAAAUCACGAGAAUAAGCUCAAGAGUGCUUGAAGAGAUAUCCUUUAGAAGGUUUAAUAUCAAUCAUCAACAACUGAGAAAAAUUCUGGUUGCUUUCAAACUAACAAAAGAGCUUAAAUUUAUUGAUUGAAGAAUAUCAGUUUUAAAAAUUCUUAAAUUUUCAGAUUCUUUAAAGAACUCAGAAAUUAUGAAACUUGAUUUUUCACAAUGAGGAACUUUGAUCAGAAGAGAUUGGAAUGACUAUCCUCUUAUAUUUCUAAAUUUGAUUCAAGGGUUGUCUACAUCUCUUCAUUUAAAACUCAGCCUCAGUGAAAUAACAGUUAAUAGUACUGGAAUUCAAGAAAGCAAUGCAAGAGAGAUUCUUGAUGCCAAUGGAUUCACAAAUGUCAAACUUGCAAUAUAAUCAUUAAAUUGCAUUCAAUUCA